GUACGACGCCCGUUUGGUGGCAAAACGUUCUUGAACAUUUCUACAAAAUGGUAUAUUAGAGACGAUAUGGCUCACAUUCUAAACGUGUAAGACGGAUGUUUGUUCUUUAUAGCAUAGGCUAUUUUAUGUUUUAAGGUUUUAAAAUGAAGUCGCCGAAAGACGAGCAUUGUAGGGGUCUGGUCUUGCUGCUGUAUGGGGUGGAGACAAUCCUCAAAUUUGCGGAAGUGUUUGUCUAAGCUUUAUACUGGAACGGAACAAAGAGAGCAACACAUUGUAGUCAAAGUUUUAAACAAGAACUGAACAAAUACAGGAAACAUUUUGUAUUUGAAUAUACGGUACACAAGUUUGCCAAGUCAGUUGGUGGUUUCUAAAGUGACACUCACAUAAUGUCUACCAGUGAAGUAUACAGUGCAACUACGGUUCCAGAGGCCAAAUCCAAGUGGUUUAUUGUACCAACAGAGAAUUUGGAUAAAUUCAGGUGUUUGUUAAAGGUGGCCCAAGUGCUCCUGUCGUUUGUGGCCUUCAUUCUUGAAGAAGUAGUGACAACUUGUUCGCAGUGCUCCCCGCUGUAUUUCUUUGAGUUUGUCAGCUGCACUGCUUUCCUCUUCACUGCUCUACUCCUCAUCCUCCUCUCCACCAAUCUGCACAAAAGAGUCGGCAUAGACUCCUGGCCCACACUGGACUUUGUGUACACAGCUGUGAUCUGUGUUGUCUUCUUCAUUGCCUCCAUUGUGUUUUCCUCUCGUAAUGGUGGAACUGACCUGGAGAAGGCUGCCGUGAUAUUUGGCUUCCUGGCCACUUUAGCGUUCCUGGUGGAUGCUGUGUGGUUUGUGAAGAUGAAGGGUUUUCCUUUCAAAAAGACCAACCAGCCAUCCACAAGCAAUGGUGGGGCGCCCGUGGCUGAGGCAGAGAAACUUAACAGUGUAAACGGCGGAGCGGAUUAGACCCAAGGAGACCCAUACAAGUGAAACACUGGUAUCACUCUCUUCAUCAUACACACAUGCAAGCAACCAACACUCUAGGACCAUCAGAAGACCAGUUAAAAUCCUGCUUAAAAUCAGGAAAUAAAUUGAAGACAAAUUGUUUUACUGAAAGCGCAACUUUCAACCUGAAAAUAUUAAUAACAAUACUAUAUAUAUAUAUUGCAAGGAUGUUUUUUUUUAAUGUGAGAACACAUUUGACCUUUGUUAAUGAUAACCCAUAAAAUUCAAUUCUUGCCUUUUUGGCUGCUUUUCCUGUACCUUCUCUUUGCUUCCACUGUCUGUUUUUGUGGUUUCAAAUUUCAUAAUGUGUGGUCAGAGUUCAGAAAGUGUCAAAGAUGAUGAGUCUACAUUGAGUGAUGGAACAGACUUGUUGUUCAUAUACCAUUUUGCUUCUUUAAAAUAUGUCUUAAAUGGUAUAUUACAAAGCAAAACUAGAUCUACUCAGGAUUUUUAAACUCUAGCUAGCUUUAGUUGAUGUCACAUUGACGCUUAGGAAUCAUCAUACGAGAAACUUUAUACAGUAACAAAUAAGAUGCUAUGAAGUUCUCAGCAUGCCCAGUAGAAUAUCCCAGUAAACUGCCUGUUUGUGUUGCUAGGAUUUAAGCAGUCAUAGGUUAAGGCUUCCCAGUAACCCCAAAAGGUGACCAGUAACAUAAACCUCAUGUUCUACCUAUGCCAAAUGUGCAACUGCAAAAACAUGCAGUAAAAUCAUCGUCCAGGAAGCUUUAUUACAGUUGUUACCUGUGAAAAUGACUCUUUGAAAGAAGAUUGGUUUGGAUUCAUUAUCAGUGUGGUUACCAUUGACCUAUAUGUAAUCCAAUAUGAGCACCUGUGUAAUGUCUAUUUUGUAAAGGUUGAGGCCUAUUCAAAUUUUAUUUUAUUUUUAGUGGGGGGAAACGACACUGAGAUAUGUACAGUUAAAGCCAACACAUUCCGAAAUAUAACAUUUACAGUGUUUUAACUGGAGGCUAUGUUUGACAUGAUUUUUAAUGGCUGUAGUUCUCUUACAUGACGAUUUCUCCAAAAUAUUCCCGAAGGUAAUUUUAAAUUCCAUGGUUUCAGUCCAUUCAAGAAAACUCCUAGAAUUUCAAUGUCUCUAAUUUUAAGUGCCUUUAUAGAUACAUUUUAAAUAACAAUGAAACUGAUAUUUACUAUAUUUCUAUAUUUACUAUGUUUUCAACAGCACCAUGCAUUUUUAUUGUCUGUUUAUUCUUGGUUGAAGGAAGGGUCAAGGUUAGAAAUGAACUAUUUAUUGCCUGGGAGGGGAGUGGUGGUGCUAACGGUGCUAACCUUGUGCACCCAUCUAGACUGUCUCCAGGUCAUUUAAUCCCCAUAAAUCAGCAUAAUGCUGAAUGCUAUGUUGGUUGCAGAGUACAUCCAGGGUUUUUAGAAAAGUAAUUACAAUUGAAUUUGCCAAUAUGAAUCUAAGAAAAUAACCAUUUGAAAAGCCCAGUAAAUCACAUUUCCUCUGAGUACUGAGGCAAAAGCAGUGCUUUCUUGGACCACUACUGUGAAAUUAGAGGCUGUUGAAUUAAGACUGUAUGCUGUGGUCAAUUAAAGCAAUGUGAUACUAGGGCAGUAUUCCAGAUUUAUGUUCUUUCAAAUCUGCAGUACAUAAAAUAAGUUGGGAUUUGACUUGGAAUCUGUUAUUCUGUAUAAAUCUAUCUAAACCCGUGCCUUACAAAUGGUAAUAUCUGUCGAUAGAUGCUUGUAAGAUUUUACUGUUUUGUCUUAAUCCUCAUAUUUUAUAAAUAAAAUCUAUUGUAUCCAUAA